AUGCCUCUUGGAAGAAAAAGAAAGGCUUCUAAGCUUCACGUUUCUCCUUCAAAAAAGCAAAAUAACUUAAGACAUUCUUCAAGAAUUCAAAAACAAAUUUAUUAUAACGAAGAUGAUUUCUUUGAUAAUUCAAGUGAAAGAAAUGAAAACGAAAACGAAAAUGAUAAUGAUAAUGAUAAUGAUAAUGAUAAUGAUAAUGAUGAUAACAAUAAUGAAAUUGAAAUUCAAUCCCAAUCUCAAUCUCAAUUUCAAUCUCAAGAAUCAUUCAACAACUCUGAUUAUGAAAAUCUUGAUAAUAAUGAACACAUUUCUAACCGUCGCAACAAAAUUCACAGAAAUGACCCAUCAAAUAAUACUCAAAAAAACGCUCUUAAUGAAUACGAUGAAGAAGGUGAAAAUGAUGAUUUUGAUGAUGAGGACGGCGAUGAACCAAUAAGAAAAAACAAAAGAUCAAAAUCACAUAAACCUAUAGACUCUGAUGAUGAUGAUUAUCAUGAAAGCGACAUGUUCACAGAAGAUCACGAUGACAAUAAUGAUUCAGAUUUCGAAGAUGACGACCUAUACUUGGCAAAUGAAUCAAAAAGAAUUGACAAACAUUUCGUAGUCUCUGAUGAUGAAAAUCAAUUGGAUGAUCCAAGUGAUGAAUAUGGGAAAAGGGUCUAUAACAAACAUAACAAACUUAAAAGGAGAGGAAGACCAAAAAGAAACUCUUCUCAAAAAUCUGUAUCAAAUAGAAGUUCUAUCACAAAUAAUGAAAAGAUUAUUAUCGAUGAUGACAAUGAUGACGAUAAUGACAAUAACAACAAUGAUGAAGGCACAAUAACUUCAAGAACAAGGAGGGCAAUGCAAAAACUGAAAGAUCCCGAUGAUUAUACUGAUGCUGAAAAUAAAAAAGACGGUUAUUCAUAUAGAAGAGACUCUAUCGGUGAAGAGUUAAAAGAUAUAAAAGAUGACAUUCGUGAACAUAAUCGUGGCAGGAAAAAAAAUAGAAAUAUUAUUGGUGAAGUUACCAAUUCAAAAAAACAUCUUAGAGCACGAAAGGAAAUCAACUAUCAAAUUCCUCCUGCUGAUGCCAUUAUCGACGAUUCAAACUAUGAUCUAUUUAAUAAUCCAAAUCACUAUGCUAAAUAUGGUUAUAAUCUUAAUGAGGGCAUUUCAUCUAAAAGUAACAGAUCAAAAAAUAACCUCAAAAUUAAAAGCUUAUUCGAAACAUCUGGCCCUUUUGGUGGAAAUGAAGUAGGUUCCAUUUUUGGCCAAAAGGGUUUCACUGCGGAGACAAUUGCAAAUGCUAAUUACGACUCCUCUUCUUCCGAUGAUGACGAUCUACUCAUAAGACCUGUUAAUGGAACAGUUUCAACAGCUCCUGUAAAUAAUCUUGGAAUAGUCAACACAAAUAAAAAGAAAAAGAAAAAUAACAUGGCUGAUUCCGACCCCUUAGGAAUAGAUAUGAAUAUUGAUUUUUCCAAUGUCGGUGGUUUGGAUAAUUACAUCGACCAACUAAAAGAAAUGGUUUCCUUACCUCUUCUCUAUCCAGAACUCUAUGCAAAAUUUGCAAUAACUCCUCCAAGAGGCGUUCUUUUUCAUGGACCCCCUGGAACAGGUAAAACACUUAUGGCUAGAGCAUUGGCUGCUUCAUGUUCUACUUCAACUCAAAAAAUCACAUUUUUCAUGAGAAAAGGUGCCGACUGCCUUUCAAAAUGGGUUGGUGAAGCUGAAAGACAAUUGAGAUUAUUGUUUGAGGAAGCAAGAAAACAACAACCUAGUAUUAUAUUUUUUGAUGAAAUUGAUGGUUUGGCACCUGUAAGAUCUUCGAAACAAGAACAAAUUCAUUCAAGCAUAGUUAGUACUUUGUUAGCCUUAAUGGAUGGUAUGGAUAGCAGAGGUCAGGUAAUUGUAAUUGGAGCUACCAAUCGACCAGAUGCAAUUGACCCUGCUUUAAGAAGACCUGGACGUUUUGAUAGAGAAUUUUAUUUUCCUUUACCAAAUGCAAGCGCUAGGUUGAAAAUAUUGGAAAUCCACACAAAGAAAUGGGACCCUCCAUUAUCAAAAGAACUUCUUAUUAACUUGAGUAAUCAAACAAAAGGUUAUGGUGGUGCAGAUAUAAAAAGCUUGUGUACUGAAGCUGCUUUAAAUAGUAUUAAAAGAAAUUUUCCUCAGAUUUACAAUUCAACUGAAAAAUAUCAAAUAGAUCCGAAAAAGCUACUUGUCAAUGCCAAAGAUUUUACUAACGCGAUUAAAAAAAUUGUACCAUCUGCUUCUAGAUCAACCAUUACAGUAUCUACCAGAUUAUCUGAACGUCUCCAACCUUUGUUAGAAAGACCAUUUGCAAAAAUUGUUAGAAGGCUAAAUUGUUUGAUUCCCGGACAAAUAAACAAAAGCAAGGCUAAUGAUACAGAUGAUGUCAUUGAUAUAUUAUCUGAUGAUGAUGAUGAAACUAACUCAAUUGAACUUUUAGAACAAAAAUGGAAAAGACAGGAAUUUUUUCACAAGUUAGAAUCAUCAAGAAUCUUUUAUCCUCGUUUAUUAAUAUAUGGUCCUCCAGGGAUGGGUCAGAAAUAUUUAGGCAGUGCAGUUUUGGAUUAUUUAGAGGGAUUUAAUGUUCAAUCAUUAGAUCUUGGAUCUUUAUUUUCCGAUUCUGGGGUGACGGCAGAAUCUGUAAUGAUUCAUAAAUUUUUGGAGGCUAGAAAAAAUCAACCAUCAGCUAUUUUUAUUCCUAAUUUAGAUAUUUUUUUCAAAGAUCUGCCAGAAUCUCUUAAAACCUUGUUAAUUAGUUUGCUGAGAUCUUUAGAUCCUUCGGAUAAAAUAUUAUUUAUUGGAGUUUGUGAGAAAGAUGAGCAGUUUUCUUCUUGUUAUCCCAAUAUUGAAUCACGGUUAAAGGAAUUAUUUGGAUUUAUGAAUAUUAAUAAUGUGGAAAUAGAGUAUCCAACUGAAAAAGAAAGAAAAGAAUUUUUUGAACCAUUAUGGAAAGUUAUAGCUAUAAAACCUACUGAGUAUCAAGAUAAUGAGAUACGUCGAAAGUUAAAAGAACAGAAAUAUUACUUGAAAAAACUUUCCUCUUCACUUCCAAAAGUUGAAAAUGCUUCAGUUAAAGAACUUGCUCCUGUAGAACAAGAGAGGUUGAAGAGAAAACAAUUAAAGGAAGAAAUGAGAAAUAAUUUGAAAUUGAAAAACUUGUUGAAAUUGAAAUUAAAUCAAUUGAUGGAUUUGUAUAAAACCAGAUAUAAACGAUUUAAAAAACCUGUUAUUGAUGAAUCACUUUUGUUAAAUUUAUUGGCAGAGAAUGAGUUACCCUCAAACCCCUUAAAUCAUGGAUUAUCUCCUUAUGUUAAAGAUAAGGAUAUGAUUCUUGAGAUAGCAACCAAUAAAAGGUAUUAUAAUAUGGAAUUAGAUGUUAUUGAAGAAAGGUUGUGGAAUGGAUACUAUUCUGAACCCAGACAGUUUGUUAGAGAUAUUGAAAUGAUUUAUCUUGAUGCAAGGACGUUAGGUGAUAGAGAAAGAUUGAUGAAGGCUUCUGAAAUGUUUGUGAAUGCUCAAGUUGGGGUUGAAGAACUUUUUUCUCCUGAUUUAUUAGUUCAAUUUAAAAACUUGAGAUUUCGUGAGAUUCAACUUCAAAAGGAGUUUGCAGCAAACCAAUUGGAACAAGAACAAAAAAUCGAGGUUGAAGCUUCAUUGUCGAUGAUUGAUAAUCUUUUGCCGCAGCUUUGGCCCUGA